UCAAAUAAGGAAGCAAACUUUUUUUUAUAGAGUGAACAAAAAUGGAAACAACUUGCUGAACUUGCCCUGUCUCAGUGUCAGUUUCUACUUGCCCAAGAAUGUCUACAUCAUGCCCAAGACUUUGGAGGGCUGCUCUUGCUUGCAGCCUCAACAGGAAAUGCUGCUAUGGUCAGUCGACUAGGAGAAAGUGCAGAAAGUUCAGGAAAAAACAAUGUAGCGUUUCUGUCUCACAUGCUGUUGGGCCAAAAAGAGAAGGCUUUGGAAGUCUUGAUAAACACCAGCAGGCUACCUGAAGCAGCCUUCUUUGCUCGCACAUAUCUCCCAAGCCAAAUUUCUAGGGUAGUAAAGCUGUGGAAAGCAGGUGUCAUGAAAAGUAACGAAAAAACAGCCCAAGCUUUAGCUGAUCCAGAAGAAUAUGAAAAUCUCUUCCCUGGACUUCAAGAAGCAAUCAAGGCAGAAAUAUACCUGAAGAAAGAAAGUGGGAAUUUAUCACCAGCAGCUAAUUAUCUGACACAUCCUAUGACUCAUGAGAGAAAUGUGGUAAGUGAAAUGCAGGAAGCUGAAGUGGCUGGAAAGUUUGAGUAUUCUGUAGCAGAUACGCUGAAAGAAGUUAAGAAUCCUAGUCCAGAACAACUUAGUCCUAGAGACAGAGAUGAGAAUGUGGAAGAACUAAAUGUGGGUACUGUGGAUAUUUCCCAAAUUGAAGAAGAAUUGGAGCUAGACAUCAACAACUUGGUCUUAGAUGAAAACAUUGACACAUCAGAAAUAAACUUGGAUGAAGAUUUAUUAAGUGAAGAUUGAAAGCAUUCCAUUAUUUGUUCUGUAAAAUCUUUACAGUCACUUUUUUCAUGGUAAGCAGGUUAUUUGAAGGUGUUACAUUUGGAGAUCCAAACAACAUAAUUAUGUAAAAGUGUAGUCUGUUAAUAAAAUAUACAUUGCAAUUAAUUUGUAUCAGA